GUGGACAAGUGCAUAGGCUCGCGCAUCCACAUUGUGAUGAAGAGCGACAAGGAAAUCGUCGGGACGCUGCUGGGAUUUGAUGACUUCGUCAAUAUGGUGUUAGAAGAUGUUACAGAAUUUGAAAUUACACCUGAGGGAAGAAGGAUCACAAAGCUAGACCAGAUCCUGCUAAAUGGAAAUAACAUAACAAUGUUGGUUCCUGGAGGAGAAGGACCUGAAGUAUAA